AUGACUUCCGANUUUGGAUGCCGGGAGCUGCUAAUUCAUCAAGUCGUCAGACAUUCCUACUAUUGUCGCCCUAAGUUUGGUACAAAACGCACUCACGCGGAUAGCACCCAUGGUCCUGCCGUUGCGGAAACGCAGGAUCCAACCUUGAUCCGUCAACGCUCUGUGACUUUUGCUACACCUCACGGUUCCGCCCCAGGGGAUACGACUUCCGAGGCUACCACACUUGAGUACGAUGCCGAAUCGAUCCUGCGCGGAAAGAUGCCCACUUACGCACACGACACCGAUGAAGAUGAAACGUACAAGCGCUCAUCUCAGGAUGAUUGCUGCACAGAUGCUGACACCAACGAUUCUGAACUCUCCCAGUUGUUAGACGACGCGUUGGAGGAGGCUGCAACUGUCCAGGCUUCGCUGGAUAAAGAAAAUCGCGCUGAUUUUAUAAGCGGCACCUCAGAUACUGAAACGGGCGAAGAAUUGGAUGUUGGUGCUUGUUCGGAGACGGAAAACCCGUUCAGUUUUUCUUCCUUGGAAUACAAUCCACAAGGGACUAAUCGUGCAGAACGACAUUCCUCUCGCAGGGGGUCGCAGUUUGUUUCUCGCCUGAGUCGUGAAAACAGUUUGAGGCGUUCGACUUCCCGGAGGCGUGCCCCGAGACGCGAGAGUGGUUCCCUUGCGAGUGCUCUUUUGGACAGUGAUUGUCCGACUGUGAGUCGUAAUGAGUCGGAGAAACGACAGGGCAACGCUCUCGCUGGUGCUUCAGGUCAGCGGCACCAGACACUGAUGGAAGAACAGGCAUUGCUUCGUCGUGGUUCUCCAGUUCUUGUCCCACCCACUCGUGGUGAUCCCAUCCGCGCCCGGUUGCGUAUGUCUUCCGUGCGUUUCGGCCUGAAGUCGUUUCACAAGCCCGGGGAUCCGACCAGUGGAGGGGGUGGAUGUCGCGGCGAAGGUCGUUUGUAUCACAGUCAAAUGGUCACCUUAGUACCGAUAAACGACCUUCCCGUCGGAACCGUACGCGCUGUUGGCUACGUGGAUUUGCCGGCUGACCUAGAUAUCGUACCCCUACGACCAGAUUUCGUGUUCACCCUGGAAGUAUAUUGUAUGCGUGUGGGAAUCGAUGGCCCAUCUAUGCUUCAAUUGAGUCAAUCACCCAGGCCUGCUCUUGGUUCGAGUAUACAUUUAGGUGGAGGUAAUUUGGUCCUGAAAACGCCAAAAUCCUCCCGUCUACACUUCGGCUCCAAUUCGACCACAAAGAAGAAGGCUCGCCUGCAUAUGAACUGCAACCUGGAACCAAUUAACGCGCUGACUGCCUGUUUACCUUCAUCACACUUCCUCCCAGCUGUACCAAGUCCAACUUCUGCUGAAUUGCGGGAAAUGGGCAGCGGAAAAGUAACAGCGUUCACAUUGGUAUCUUCUGUCGAAAUCCGAUAUCACGAUGAUUUGCUUCUGGGUCGCAUCCGACCCACUAUCGAGGACAAUCGCCGUCAUAUCAAGCCCGAUGCUUGUUCAGCCGAAGACCUCGCACAACUUCCUCUGCGCCUUUGUCGUCUGCCUCGAUCUUCUCCUCUGAAUGGCCUGGCCGGCCUUGUGAACGCUUCGGUCCGAUUAGAAGCUCGGAUUCUCACACGAGGGUUCCUGACCGUUUUUGAGGAGGUCGGAGGUUUUGGUGUUUGGCAGCGCUACUGGUGCCAGCUUCGUGCUGACCACUUGCAGUUCUGGCGUUAUCCAGAGGACGAACAACGAGCGCUUCACACAGAUUCCUCUCAAUCAUCUAUUCCCCCACCCGGUCCACUUGGCCGAAUUGAUUUACGUCAUGUAGCGGCUCCUCGUGCAGUUCCCGCUCCGAGACGUAUUUGCGCUCGUGCGAAUACCAUAUUUAUGAGGUCGCUCCGUGCUAUCAACCCGGAUGUGUUAUCUGCUUCUGUCGGUGCUGCUGACCCCGGCCAAUCCGGACAGACAGAUCAACAAGAAAGCUUAAUUUUCCGCGCAUCACCCGAUUACACAUGGUUGGAGCAAAAGCAUUUACUGUGUGCAGACUCUGCCGAGGAACGGGAGCGUUGGAUCAUGUGGUUGAAUUUGUGUUUAGAAUCUUUGAAAGAUUGGAUGCCCGAACACUUCUCCUGUUUGGCACGUUAUGAUGCGCGUUUGCAGUUCUCGCAACCAGUGUCAUCUAAAUUGGCCUCCUUACUGGUACACGGAGAUCCCAGUGAAUGA